CCGGCCCGCGCCCCGCCAUGGAGCUGGCGGCGGCCCUGCAGCUGAGUGAGCUGGCGGCCGCCUUCGCCACCCUGCCCGUCUUCCCGCUCUUCGACACGGCCUACUUCAUCGUCUCCCUCCUCUACUUCAAGAGCCGUGGAGAUGUCUCGUAAGAGCCCUUUUGCCUCCUGGCUUUGCGCUAUGCUCCACUGCUUUGGAAGUUACAUACUUGCUGAUCUGUUACUUGGAGAACCACCUAUUGAUUACUUCAGUAAUAACUCCAGCAUCAUCCUGGCCACAGCAGUCUGGUAUUUGAUAUUCUUCUGUCCCAUGAACCUCUUCUACAAGUGCGUUAGCUUUCUGCCUGUGAAGCUUAUCUUUGUGGCGAUGAAAGAGGUGGUGAGAGUUCGCAAAAUUGCAGCUGGGGUCCACCAUGCUUAUCACCGUUACCACCACGGGUGGUUCGUUAUGAUGGCUGUUGGAUGGGUCAAAGGUUCUGGUGUUGCCUUGAUGUCUAACUUUGAGCAACUGCUGCGUGGGGUCUGGAAGCCAGAAACAAAUGAAAUUCUUCAUAUGUCCUUCCCUACAAAGGCUAGUCUGUAUGGCACAGUCCUCUUCACUCUGCAACAAACUCGCUGGCUCCCUAUCUCUGAAGCCAACCUCAUCUUUUUUUUCACCAUGUUCAUGACAGUUUGCAAGGUCUUCAUGACGGCUACUCACUCCCACGCCUCACCUUUUGCUCCAGUGGAAAGCUUCAUCUGCCCAGUUUUCUUUGGCUCUGUUUCCAGUGGACACGCUAGUCAUCAGCAGGAUCAGCACGGGGCCUCCCAUGAGGUUUUCCAUACUCCACCUCCUCCUGCAAAGUCAAAAGAAGAGCUAAAUGAAGGCACAAGGAAACGGAAGGCAAAAAAAGCUGAAUAAAAAAGCAACCACGCAGUAAACAGGCCAAGAAAAUUCUUCCAGAGCUGAGUCUCAAAGCCACCUGUGACCUCCUUUAUCCUCCAGUCCUUCUCUCUCAGACUCUGGAGGAGAGAUGGAAGCCAGGACACUGCCAGGCAGGUCCCUGAAUUUCAUUUGUGCUGUCUGUGCUGCUGCUUGCUUCUUGGUCUCGUGUCUCUCUAAUCUGAUCAUAUUUUCAGGGGUUUGUAGAUUUGUGCCAGGAUGACAAGUGGGUGCCAGUUCCCAAACUGUCAGCAAUUACGAUGCAGCAUUUUCCAUUGAUGUAAAAUCUUUCACUGUGUUUAUUUAUGAAUGGAGGUAAUGGUUUGUGCUACUGCAACUCCUUGGAGCUUUCAUUGACGUUUAUGACGUCUACCAAAACAACAAACUGUUUAGACACAAUCAAUGUGGAAAUUGGAUUUCAGACUCAAGGAAAUUAAACGGUUUCCUAUGAGCCUGAUCCAAUUUUUCCUAGCUUCCACAUCUGCCAUACCUCCGGUUAAUGUGACAUUUUAUAUGCAAUAAGGACAUUGACUCCGGUGUCCUAGCCAAACUCCAUUUCUCUCACCUAAGUUCCCCCUGAUUCUUAAUGGACAGAACAUUGUCAUUUCUCUUAAGUCUGUGUUUGCAAGAGUUUUGAAGCUGUGAAAUGCUCCGAGUGCUUUCUGUUGGUACUGUUGUUUUUCUGAACUGUUACGGAGCAUUGCUGCAUGUUGUUAGUAAUAGCGUGUCCCACCUCAAACCUGAUCAUAUUUAACGAGCAAAGCAGCAUGGUUCUGGUUUGUUUGUAAUCCUGUGGAACACAGAAGAGUGUGCGAGUGUAAAUAGGUAUUUAUUACUAUUUAUUUAUAAUUGCCAGGGCACCUAAUUCAUGGACCUGAAUCUGGCUUUUUUAAAAUGUAUCUUUAUGUAGAGAAUUGGCUACUUCUAAGCAUGGUCCUAAGCCCACAGCUCCAUGCUGGUUUGUGCUUAAAGCAGUGAUGUUGGUGUGCUGAAGGGCAGCCUGAACACUAUCACUGGAUGCAGGAAGGAAUAUUUCUUAUAUUCUUAAAUUAAUAUUAAGGCUGAAGAAGUGAAUUUCACACUAGCUGAUUAAAACUACUAUAAAGGACUGAUAAAAGCACAGCAGGUGAAGACAUUGAUUAUCCUUUGUAGGUCCCUUUUGGCCAAACUACUGUGAACGCAGCUUGUGCCCAGUGAGUGAAGAAUCUGAAAUGCUCAUAAAAUGGCUCAGGGAGGAGUCUGUUAGUUUGUUCAUGUUCUGCUUAUUGCAUUCUUAAAAUGAUCGUCAUCCAUGGCAUGCACAGGGAUGCAGUGCUGGGCUUUCAGUUAAGCAGCAUAUUGCCAUCCCUAGCAAUCAGGCUUGCUGCUGUCAUCUUGCAACUGGGAAUAUAAAUAGGAGGAUUCAAGAAAAGCUUUAUUUGUGUGUGUCCGUCGUUGUUUGAAAUUGAUGGUUAAUUAAAAAUAAAAAAAACAACCUUGUAUGCAACCAGAUGACAGCCAGUACAAAAGGUCAAUGAUUUGUGGGCUUGGGUUUUGACAGUGCCUUAAUUUUGUGAGUUUUCCUCCCCUUCAGUAGAAAACAGGAAUUCUACCCGACAGCUCAGCUAUCUGGUUUUGCAGAUACGUCAAGUUUCAGUAGACAGGUAUCACUAGCAUGCACAAGACUAUAAAUUUUUUGAGAUGUCUGAUUCAAAGGGAAUUUUGUUUUAUAAAAGCCGCCAACAAAUAAAAGUUGUGGAGUGACUCUGA